CAGAAGCCUUCUGGUCUCACUUCUCUAAUUUUUCUUUUUCUUGCUUCAUGAAUUUCACUCUUUGAUUUCUCUCUCAUUUGUUGGAAAUUUUGGAUACCGUUUGCGGCAAAUUGACGCCCACGACGAGAUCUUCAAAUCCAUACCAACAAUUUCAGCUUUUGGACACUCUAGGGAGUCCGAAAAUUGAGACCCAUUUUGAGGGUUUGAGGUAGAAAAUUUGGGGGUUUUGUAUAUAAUUGAGAAUGAUGUCACGGCGUGAGGAACCCAGGGAAGUUGGCCCUAGGCCAACAAGGGGUGAUGUUGGCGAGGGCUCUAGCUCCAAUCCGGCGGAGCCAGUUGAUGAGGACACACUUCUUCGGGAUUUAAUUGCCCCAAGAGUUGUUCCUACAAGGAGGGAUAAUGUGGAAGCACCCGUUGAAGAGGGUGAAAAUUCGGAGGAAAUAGUAUUGAAUCGCUUGUUGCAGAGGGCCUUGAGGGCCACCAUUGCUACUCAGCCGCAGCCGAUACCACAACUGGUAAUGCAAGUGAAGAAGACGCCAGCAUAGAAGCGUCUCAAGAUUAUUAAAGGGUUUUCUUAGUUGAUGCCGAUAAUGUUUGAAGGUGGUGCAGAUCCCAAAGUAGCGGAUGACUACAUGGAGCAAGUUGAAACUCAAUUGACUUCUAUGGAUGUGACGGAGGAUCACUUGAAAAUCAUCCUAGCCACUUACAAGUUCACAAAGGAUGCCAAGUUUUGGUGGAAAUCGAUCACAAAUCAAUAGAAGAUUGAAGAGAUGAGUUGGGAUAGAUUCAACCUCCAAUAGGUGGGAGUUAAAGAAUCAGUUUAUAGCCUUAUCCAAGGCAAUAUGUCAGUGACAGAAUAUGAGAACAAGUUCACGUCUCUUUCCCGCUUUGCUCCAGAAAUGGUGAGUAAUGAAGUUGAUAAAGUUUGGAAGUUUAUCUCUGGACUUGACUACAAAAUGAGACCGUUGUUAAUAGCACAGGGAAUCAAGGUUUAUUUUGAGGUAGUGGAAAGGACAUUGAUGCUAGAGAUGGAGGCCAAAGAUAAAAAUGCAAAAAGGGAACAGUGGAGACAAAAGAGGAAUGCAAGACCAUCUGCAGAGGGACCUUCAGGGAAAAAGAACAGGGGUGUUUCAUUUCAGUUUCAGGGGCAGCAAUUUGCACGAUCCGCUCCUACCACUCCUAUGCCAGCAACGUCUGCCAAGGGUGGUGUCAUUUGUUAUCGUUGUAAUCAGCCGGGUCACUACAAGUCAGAGUGUCCACAGAUAUCGGUUAAUUUUGGGGUUUGUUUUGGUUGUGGCCAACAGGGCCAUAAGGUUAAGAAUUGUCCUAAUCAGGGAGCAGGCACCGGUAGUGGCAGAGGGUCACAGCAGAGGCCGUCACAAUCGACUACGGUUCAGUCAGGUUUCAGACCACCACCAUCACAGCCUGCCAUGUCCUCUCAGGGUUCACGGCCAGUUAGGAGGGAUACUCCUACUAUGUCAGUGCAGCAGUCAGGUGAACAGAUUAGUAGUCCUCAGGCACAGGCACCGUAGGGGCGUGUCUUUACACUUGCACCGACUGAUGCAUCUCCUAGAUCGUCAGUUCUCUGAGGUAUAUUUCCAGUGUUUGGUUCUUGGGCCGUGUUUUGUUUGACUCUGGUGCAUCUCAUUCCUUCAUAUCAUCAUCAUUUGCACUUGCAUCGGGGUUAGAGGUCAGUUUUAUGGAUCGGGCGUUGUGUGUUGAUACGCUAGCUGGGGUUUCAGUGUCUUUGACCCAAGUUGUGCAGGAUUGUUCCAUUGUGAUAGCCGGGCGGAUCUUUAUGUUUGACCUUAUCCUUCUGGAGAUGACUAGCUUUGAUAUCAUUCUCGGGAUGGAUUGGUUAGCUUCCUUUCGUGCCACAAUCGACUGUUUUAGAGGUAGAGUCACAGUUUGCACUCCCGAGGGAGACUGUUUCUUUUUCAUGGGAGAUCGGAAUGAUUCCCACAUUUCAUUAUUUUAUGAAGUUCGUGGACGGAGUCGUGGUGAUUACUUCUUGGCUAGCUGUGACGACCCUGGUUUUUUAGGCCAGCGCGUCUUAUGAUGAACCGAAGAUUGACCCGAUAACGGAUCCGAAUGCGGAAGCAAAAAUAGAAAACAAGACUCUAAGAAGUCAAAGUGACCUUCCAUGAGGUCGUGGAACUCAACAAGAACUGAUGCAGAAGCAAAACAUCAAAAACAUGACAAAUAAGCCCCCAGGGGCAAAAUAGUCAUUUUUAAAAAUCGUAGAUUCGGGUACCACCGAGCAUACCGCUGGAAAGACAACGAAAAACUGAUCAAGAUGGACUCAAGAAUCGCAUGAUUCGGAGUCCAGACGAAGGAGAAACGUCAUGACGAAGAAAAACGAGCACUUAAGGCAAAAAGGGUAAACUGGUAAUUAUCCAGGAAGAAUCGGGUGUAACCGAGCAUACCGUUGGAAAGACGGAGAAAAAUUAGUUAAGUUCAAAAAAAAAUUCACUUGAAUCGGAGUCCGGACAAAGGAGAAAUGCCCAAAAGAAGAAAUGACGUCGCGACGGCCCGACGAGGAGCCAUGACAGCCCCAUGCGCACACCCAUGCACGCGCCCAUGCACGCCGCGCGUGAGCUGGGUGCACCAUGGCUGGCAGCAGCAGCCAUAAAGCUGCUAUGGGGUAAUUUUUCAGAAAAAUCCAGAACAAAGGCUGAAUUUGGAGGCCUAGAUGAACUUUUUUGCAAAAACACAAAGAAGAAACCCCCCUCAAAAUCGAGUUUUCUACGUAACAUGUAAGAAAAAUAAAUAAAAAAAAACUCACUGAAAAAUGCCCAAAAUGCCCUCUCAAGAAAACUGGUCCAGAGGGUCCAAAAAGCUGCUAAAUUUAAAAACUGAGAGCUGAACUUCGGAUGCGAUUUCCGAUGCCAAGAUGGCUUUUUCUGGAAAAACACGGAAAAGAAACCCCCCCUAAAAUCAUGUUUUCUAUUCAACCAUGUUGAAAGAAUAAAAUAAAACCACCGUGAAAAGUCUUUAAUGCCCCUAGAUCAGAAUAUGCAAAAAAAAGUGCGAAAUGAAUUCACAAGAGACUCAAAACACAAACGAUAAGGUUGUGCCC